AUGGAAAGAAAUAGUAUUCCUAGUUUGUGCUUGGGGAUGCUAGGCAUACUAGCUUGUCUUACUAUAAGCAAUGGUCUUCACUCAGACAUUUAUUGCCUAAGAUCCAUCAAGGAAUCACUAGCAGAUCCUGGGCAUGUGUUAUCUACGUGGGAUUUUCGCAACAAUACUGAAGGUUUCAUAUGUCGUUUUGUUGGCGUCCAAUGCUCAAAUAACCAAGAGAACCUGGUUCUUGCGGUUUCUCUACGAGACGCAGGACUCAUAGGACCAUUUCCAAUAGGCAUACAAAACUGUACCGCAAUGCAAGAUUUAGAUCUUUCAGGAAACUACCUCUCAGGAUCCAUUCCUUCUAAUCUAGCGUAUGAUUUGCCAUACCUUGUGUCUCUUAAUCUCUCAAACAACAAUCUAUCAGGUCCAAUUCCACCUAGCAUUGCCUAUUUUGUCUUUAUUAAUGUUUUGAGGCUUGAUAACAACCAGCUAACAGGUCGAAUCCCUUUAGAAUUAUCUCAACUUGAUCACCUUGUCGAAUUUAGUGUUGCUAACAAUAGACUCUUGGGACCUGUACCCGCAUUUCUUAAUAGUAACUUCUCUGUAGAAAGCUAUGCAAACAACCUAGGGCUUUGUGUAUAUCCCAUGAGUUGUUGCAAGAAUGAAGACAAUGAAGAAGAUCUGUUUCUCGUUGCAAGUUAG